AGAGGGUCAUCCAAGACCUGAGGAAGAUAGAGAGGCAGAGAGUGGGAGCUAUACCACGACAAAAGGGACAAUCUGAAAGUCAAAGCCAAAAAGGCACAAGGACCCAUCAGAGGCAGCUGAAGCCAGCCUGGUCAGACGCUCAGCUGCUAAACGUCCCCAUGGGCUUCCAGGGGCCAUGGUUGCACACUUGUCUCCUUUGGGCCACAGUGGCCAUCCUGCUGGUCCCUCCAGUGGUGACCCAGGAGUUGAGAGGGGCCGGUCUGGGCCUGGGCAACUGGAACAACAAUGCAGGCAUCCCUGGGUCCUCAGAGGACCUAUCAACUGAGUUUGGUCACCACAUCCACCGGGGAUAUCAAGGUGAGAAGGACAGAGGCCACAGAGAAGAGGGUGAAGACUUCUCCAGGGAAUAUGGCCACAGGGUCCAAGACCACAGGUACCCUGGCCGCGAGGUUGGAGAGGAGAAUGUCUCUGAAGAGGUCUUCAGAGGGCAUGUUAGACAGCUCCACGGGCACCGGGAACAUGACAAUGAAGAUUUAGGAGACUCGGCAGAGAACCACCUCCCCAGACAGAGGAGCCACAGCCACGAAGAUGAGGAUGGCAUUGUCUCCAGUGAGUAUCACCGUCACGUCCCCAGGCAUGCCCACCAUGGCCACGGAGAGGAAGAUGAUGACGAUGAUGGAGGAGAGGAGGAGGAGAGGGUGGAUGUGAUGGAGGACUCUGAUGAUAAUGAACACCAGGUCCAUGGUCACCAGAGCCACUCAAAGGAGAGAGAUGAACUCCAUCAUGCCCACAGCCACAGGCACCAAGGCCACAGUGAUGAUGACGAUGACGAUGGUGUCUCUACUGAGCAUGGACACCAAGCUCACAGAUAUCAGGAUCAUGAGGAGGAAGACGAUGGGGACUCAGAUGAAGACAGUCACACCCACAGAGUUCAAGGCCGAGAAGAUGAAAAUGAUGAUGAAGACGGUGACUCUGGUGAAUACAGACACCAUACCCAGGACCACCAAGGCCACAACGAAGAGCAAGAUGACGAUGAUGAUGAUGAUGAUGAUGAUGAAGAUAAAGAAGACUCCACUGAGCACCGGCACCAGACCCAAGGCCACAGGAAGGAAGAAGAUGAGGAUGAGUCAGAUGAAGAUGAUCAUCAUGUCUCCAGGCAUGGACGCCAAGGCUAUGAAGAAGAAGAAGAUGAUGAUGAUGAUGAUGGAGAUGAUGACUCUACUGAGCAUGUGCAUCAAGCCCACAGACACAGAGACCAUGAGCACAAAGAUGAUGAGGAUGACUCAGAAGAAGACUACCAUCAUGUCCCCAGCCAUGGCCGCCAAAGCCACCAAAAUGAGGAAGAGGAAGAUGAGGCUGUAUCCACUGAACACUGGCACCAGUCUCCUAGACAUGCUCACCAUGAUCUUGGACGUGAGAGUGAAGAAGAGGUAGCAGUCAAGUACAGCCACCAUGUUGCAAGCCACCGUCCCCAAGGCCACAAUGCUGACAGGGAGGAGGACUCUCUAGAAGAACACAUGAAUGAAGUCCCAGGCCAUCACCACCACAGAGCCUCCAGGGGUGAUGAUGAGGACAUUUCUACUGAGUUUGGCCACAAGGCCCCCAGCCACAGGCUACAAGAUCAAGAUGAAAGGGCGAGGCAGGGUCACAGAGAGCCUGUUCAGGGAGAGAUUGCUCAUCAGCCCCUGCAACCCACAGGACCCAGUUCAAGAGAAUCAAGGAAGGAAGGUGACCACAGCUCUCAAGAGGGAGAUGAAGACCCAGAGCAGAGGCAAGCCCAUAGUGAGGAGGAGAAGGAGGAGGAGGAGGAGGAGGAGGAGGAGGAGGAGGAGGAGAAAGAGGGGGGCCAUAGCCUCCCCAUGAGCCAGGAAGAUGAUGAAGAGGAAGAAAAAGAUGAGAAAGAAAGCAAGGUAGACAGGGCUGCAGUUUCAGCUCCACUGAGCCAUCAUAGGAAGCAGGGGGAGGAAGAGGAGGAGGAAGAGGAGGAGGAAGAGGAGGAGAUCCUGGAGGAAAACCUACUACCUUUCACCAUUAUCCCAAACCCACUCGCUGGGAGAGAGGUGGCCAGAGAAGGUUCCAGUGAAGAGGAGAGCCGUGAGGUCACAGGUCAGCAGGAUGCCCAGGAGUACGAAAAUUACCAGCCAGGGUCUUUGUGUGGCUACUGUUCUUUCUGCAACCGAUGUACCGAAUGUGAAAGCUGUCACUGUGAUGAGGAGAACAUGGGGGAACACUGUGACCAGUGUCAGCACUGUCAAUUCUGCUACCUCUGUCCGCUGGUGUGUGACACGCUCUGCACUCCAGGAAGCUACGUUGACUAUUUCUCCUCCUCUCUGUAUCAAGCCCUGGCUGACAUGUUGGAGACUCCAGAGCCCUGACCUGGCCGCCUGGCAAGAGCUGCAUCUAUUUCUUUGAAUAAAUGUGCUCCUAGAAA